ACCAUACACACACUCACACACGCACCUCAAGCUGCAUUUACUGGUGCUGUAGAGAAGAAUCUCACUUCACUUGUCCGUAUUAUAUAUUGCCUCUAAUUUCACUUCUCUUUUUUAAAAUAAUAUUUGCACGGAGUAAGAGUGAUUAUGUCCAGACCGCUCACCAUGAAUCCAGCUUUCCUACCUGCGCAAACUAACGGCGUUUUGAGGGCGCUCCUGGAAAAACCCAUGAAACUACCUUUGCACCAAGAUGAAGGUUAUGGGAAGGAAAGAGAGAAGGUGAAAAAGUUGGAGGAAGAGGGGAACCCUCCACAGUCAGCUUUCUUGGGGCCAACACUUUGGGAUAAAACAUUGCCUUACGAUGGGAAUAGCUUUCAAUUGGAGUAUAUGGACCUUGACGAGUUCCUUUAUGAAAAUGGCCUCCAAUCCAGUCCCGCACAACAUGACCAAAGCCUCCAUCACCAGCAACAGCAGCAACAACAGCAGCAGGCUUCCAUGCCACAGGACCCCCUCUCAGUCAUGGACCUCAGCAACCGGGCUAUCACCUCUGUCCACACAGGCAUGGUGCCUCAGGACUGCCAUCACAGCCCAGGCAGAGCAGUUUUGCCUGCGUCACGUAACACGCCAAGCCCAAUAGAUCCAGAGACCAUUGAGAUACCAAUGAGCUAUGAGCCUGAUCCAGCAGACCUGGCUCUGUCCAGCGUGCCUGGCCAGGAGGUUUUCGACCCAAGAAAACACAAGUUCUCAGAAGAGGAGCUGAAGCCUCAACCUAUGAUCAAGAAAUCACGCAAAAUCUUCAUUCCUGAUGAUAUGAAGCAGGAUGACAAAUACUGGGCAAGGCGCAGAAAGAACAACAUGGCUGCCAAGAGGUCACGGGACGCUCGGCGCCUCAAGGAAAAUCAGAUUGCAAUCCGGGCUGGUUUCCUGGAAAAAGAGAACGCGGCUCUCCGACAGGAAGUUGCUGACCUACGGAAAGAGCUGGGGCGUUGUAAAAAUAUCCUAACAAAGUAUGAAGCUAAGCACGGCCCCCUGUGAGGCCCUGGGGCCCCCGAGGUUCCCGUGCCCUUCCAGUUUGAAGGACAGUAUUCUUUGGUUAAGGUCCAUUUGGCCUGUUGUUAAACCAGCCCUCACAUCAGUCUGUUCUUGGCACCUUAGAAGGUAGAAAAUGUUUCGUCAUGUCAUGUGUUUAUUUUAUACAUCUUAUAGAGAACUUACCUGUUAUUGCAAACAAACCCAUUACUGUUUGCUGAUCGUGUUUCACAUUAGGACAUACAGUACUACUUACAUUUCAGUGUGUGGUAGCAUUUCACUUGUCCUUAUAACACAAACAUUUUGCCUUGAUUUGGUGUAUUUAAGCAGUAAAGUCAGAGCUAGAAGACUCUAAAGACUCAUACCCAUAGCGUUGUCUAUGAAAGUGGUACAUGUGCAUAGCUACUUAGGGCAUCAGAUGUGUUUAGGUAUUGUGUCUCUGUGAAGACAUUACUCUCACAAACAGAACAGAAUGUAGCAAGAUUAAUGAUAUAAGAGUUUGAAUUACUAAAAUAGUUCUUUAUCUCAAAAAGCUUAACAUAUUUGUAUGAAGGCACUAGCCUGUUGCAGUAAUUUCAUCUGAUUCAGCAGAGAUCAUGAUCAUAAUUUAUUCUGCAUUUACCUUGCUUUCCAGUUUUAACUGUGAACAAAGGAAAGCAUAGUGAACAAAAUGCAAUGACAUUAUUGCAAAAACAGCGCUGUUUUGGCAACCUGGUAUUUAGAGUAGAUUUAUACAAAUGAGGGUACAUUGCCUUUUGUUGGUCAAUUGUGAAAUGAAUGUACAGUAGAAGUAUGGUGUAUUUUAAGUCUAUCACACUUUACUACAAACCAAAUGAUAUAAAAUACAAAAAGAUUAUAUUAUUAUAUUGAAAUUGAAAGUUUUUACAAAGCUAUUCUUGUUUUGUUUUUUUACUGUAUUUUCAUAUGAAUUUCUGAAUAUAAUUUGAUGAAUGUAUAUAUUUAUAUAUAGGCAUCAAACUAUAUGAAAGAGUUCUAAAUUCUAUGGUAUGGGCAUUAUUACAACACUUAUGAACAUGUGACCAUAGUUUCUUUACCUUUUAGAUUUGUCUAUUCUUACAGAGGCACUUUGGUGUCCACGUCAAAAUGGAAACAAAUAUUUGAUGUUUCUUGUUUUCUUUUUUCCAUUGUUGUUACUUAAGUUAUACUGUCAAUGCCUUUUUUGUAUUAGUGGUGAUGCACAAUCAUGAAAUAUGGUAUUAUUGUGUGUUUGACAAACAUGGUAAAAGAACGCUGUUCUCGGCCAUGAAAUCUGAGAAUGUUUCAUUGUGUAUUUCAGUAAACAGAAUUGUCUUUUAUAUUAAGUAUAUAAAAUUGCAGCAUGUUUUAAAUAUUAACAUUAUUUGUUUCUUCAUAUGAUUAAUUGACUUAUAUAUUUGCAAUAUGUUGUCUCUUGUGGUCCUUUUUUGGUUCCUUUUCCCUGUUUAGAUGCUUUUAAUGAAAAUAAAAGCUUUUAAAAAGCUGUUUUCUGGUGAUAUUGCAUUUAAUGAGUGAUAAAUAGUAUAUGUAUGAGGAUGAGUAAUGACCAUCAUCUUACUC